UACCACCCAGUAUGGUGUUGAAAUUUCUUUAAUGCUCCUAAUUUUCCUUCACAGGUCCAAGCUCAGUGAUCACCGAGCUCCUGUCAAGCUGGAACGAUUUCCAGCUGCUGCAGUUGACGGAUAUCUACCAGGACAGGCUGGAGCAGAUGAUGGAAGGUGGGGUGCACGGAGUGAGCCUGGCGUUAACGGCCGAGAAUCAGUUCAGCGGAGAGGAACAUCGGAAAAUCUCUGAUCUCGCUGAUAAGGGAGAGCGGGUGGACAGUUCUAAACUCCUCCUGAGGCUGGUGAUGGAGAAAGGCUCCCGCGCCCGGAGGUUGAUGUGGGAAACCUUUGUCAAAAUGCGGAUUGGCGUCCCAAAUUUGGACAAAAUACUGAAGGAAAUACAGAUAUAUGGUUGUGAUCCUUCCCAUCGACCAAUUUCCACUCAACUUUUACUAAAGGUUCUCAGUGAGCUGAAAGAUGUUCAACAGAAACACAAGGAGACUCUGCGGGCACAAACUGAAACACUGAGAGUGAACACGAUCCUGAUGAGGGAGAAGGUGAAAGUUUUCCAGCUGGUUGAUCGAUACGCUGAGCUCACGGUCAUUUCUACUGUUCGAGAUCGGACACUGGUGGAACAUGAGCUGCUGGCAAGAGGCAGAGACCACGAGGAGUGGAGAGAGAAACAUCUCUGCGGAGAGCUGGAAAAAGUCCGGACUGAUCAGUUGUUCCAGAACAGCUUUUCCCAGAGUAAAUCCAAAUCUGGGAGUUCUGCAGCAGUGGCUGGAGUCGCGGGGAUCGGGAAAACAACAAUGGUACAAAAGAUUGUUUAUGACUGGGCCACGGGGAAAAUAUACCAACAGUUCCAAUUUGUCUUCAGUUUCAAAUUCCGGGAUUUAAACUCCAUUAACUGUCGAAUAAACCUGAAGGAACUGAUUCUGGGUCAGUAUCCUUACUUUGGGAAUAUCCUGAGAGAGGUCUGGAAGAUCCCAGAGGGAUCGCUGUUUAUAUUUGAUGGUUUGGAUGAAUUCAAUGACCAAAUUAAUUUUUCUGACAGUCGGAGAGACACGGAAACUCGGUACACAUGCACAGAUCCUGAAUUCAAGUGCAAGGUGUCUGACAUUGUGUACGGUUUAAUCCAGCACAAGCUGCUCCCAGGGUGUUCAGUGCUGGUGACCACCCGUCCCGCUGCGUUACAUUUAUUGGAAAAGGCUGAGAUCAGUACCGAAGCUGAAAUCCUGGGAUUUUCUGGUGAGGAACGGAAGGAAUAUUUUAUCAGACAUUUCGAAGAUCAGAUGGUGGCAGAAGCUGUUUUCAAACACGUGAAGGAGAACGAGAUCCUGUACACCAUGAGCUACAACCCCUUCCUACUGCUGGAUCCUCGCUCUGGCACUGGGCCCCUUCUUCACACAAAUCGACAGGGACCAGCAGCGAGUUCCCAAGACCAUCACCCAACUGUACUCCUACUAUAUUUGCAAUAUCCUGAAAAACCACGGCCGUGA